AGGCUGCCCUCGAUGAUGUGUGGUCUUCCCUGUUGGUUGUGGUCCAAAACAGAUGAUCUUUUCCCGAUGCAGGAGGCAAAGAGUGUGUUCCCUAAGGCACUCAUCCUGCAGCAGGCAAACACGGGAGCCAUUGUAAAAACUAAGACGCAUAUUCACGAUUUGCCAACGUGUUUGAUCGUUAUGUGAGAACAAUUGUGAGUGCAACUGCCUGUGCACACGGAAACAAAUAAUAAGAGAAAGCUGUCGUGACAGAAAGUUAGAUAAGAACUGAUUCGGACUUGCUGCACUGUCAAAGGAACCGGCGCCUAGAUGGCUCUCAAAAUUUUGUAGAAGGAUAUCCGCGGCCUUAGCGGGAAGUCAAGUCUCGAUUUAAGAAGAUAAAGGCUGUGAAAUGAGUCAUAAUAGACGUGAUGAUGCAGUCCCUAAUAGCGAUUCGCCAAGGGAUUCUGCAGGCGGUAUACUACUGGGAAUCCGUGAUGAAGGGUAUGCCUUUCUCACGGAAGAAGCUGUUGCACAGAUAGCAAGACGAGCCGAGACUACCGAAUCGUUUUCAGAACUUAUACGAACUUUAGGACGGAUUUAUUCGGAUUAUUGUGCAUUGAAACAGUCCUUUCAACGACCUCUGCCUACGAGAUCUUCCUUGACAAAUUUAUGUUCAGAGGAUUUGGCUGGCGCUGGUAAAGAGGCCAUUCGGGCACAAACUGAAGAUGAAAAGGACGUCGAUUCAUCUGAACCUUCACGUCGGAGAGAAUCGCUUACAUCGAUCGGAUCUGAUUUGGAAGACGCUGUUCUAGAGCAAACGGUCGAUGUUGAAGCUGUCCGGAGAAGCUAUGAUAUCCUCUUUAAACUCAAGGAUAAGGAUGGCAGUAUACCGGCAGUGCGUCCACUGACAAAUACGCUGCCUUCUUUCUGUCAGUCCCUGGAGUUAGAUCUCCGCACCGGUCGGGUGUCUCCAACAGAACCAGGAUUUUCAUCCAUGAUAAUCCUCCUGCUCGAAUUACCAAUGCUUGAGAUUCCAGCCCUUGCCAAUGUGUUACCCGAUCUCUGCAGUCUCAUAGUGAAGUUACCUAUUCCUGCUCAAGCUAAAUUAGCAAGAAUACUAGCGGUUGUAUGGCGUGAUUCACCGAGUCGUUUUCAGCAGCUUGUGUAUACAGUUCAACAGCUAAUAACGACAAGAUCACUAGGAGCAGUAUUCCGGGUGGACUACAUAACAAGCGAAGACCAAGUUAUCUGCGACGCCACGCGUUUCCUGCGUGUUCUCUUUGCUGUGGAUUUGUUAGCCGGAGAUAUGGAACCUAAGCUGAGCUUGCCCUCUGCGUCGUCUGGUCCUUUGAGGUCUGACGCAGACACUCUAGCUGACGGUUCUGUGGGAAAUAGUGAACAGGAUGCCCUUCUGCUGGUGGCCGGUCUUGAGCUUGAAGAGUCGGAAGAAGCGUCAGAAGAUGAAAUGCUUUCAUCUCGAGAGGCUGGCGCAGAUGCCCAAGGUAGUGCGUCUGCUGUCGGGGAGAUAGUUUUAAACGGGACAGCAGAAAGAUUAGCGCAAGCCGGACCAGUUCAAACUUCAAACGAAGCCAAACGGAGACGAAGAGGGGCUCCUGUUUCACGGGUCAACGGUAGUAAUAGCGGCAGAUCGGCAAAAGGUGGCCAAGGCGCUCAAAGUCACUAUAGCACUUUCAGUCAGUCGGAUCCGCUAUUAUCAGAGUUAGGCAUCGAUGUGUUGGAUUGCCGGAAGCCUCUAAUCGACCUCGAUGAAUUCUAUAAUGAAUUGCUUUCGGAACUACUCAGUAUCGAGCACGACUACAACAACUAUCGCGAAGGGGCUCGAACAGAUAAAUUUUCGUUUUUGUCUUGUCCGUUCGUGCUGACUCCGACAGCACGGAUCCAAGCUCUAUAUUUGGACAACCGCAUGAAGAUGAACGACCACAGAGCACUCGAUUUCUUUUCAGCUCUCAUGCACGGCGAUGAAUUGAAUCCGGUCCUUAAGCUUCAAGUUCGUCGUGAUCAUAUCAUUGAGGAUGCGCUUAAUAAUCUACAACUUAAUGCACUCGAUAACCCUGGAAAUCUUAAGAAGCAACUUGUCGUCGAAUUUGAGGGAGAACAGGGCGUAGACGAGGGUGGCGUUUCGAAGGAGUUUUUCCAGUUGGUCGUGGAACAACUAUUUAAUCCAGAUUUCGGAAUGUUCACACUUGAUGAGGAGACACGAAGUUACUGGUUUAAUCCAACUUCGUUCGAAGCCGAUGCUCAGUUUGGCCUUAUUGGCAUCAUUCUCGGAUUGGCUAUCUAUAAUAAUGUCAUUCUGGAUAUCCGGCUUCCGAUGGUGGUAUACCGGAAGUUGUUUGGUGCUCGAGGAACCUACAGAGACCUAAUCGAUUAUGAUCCUAGUCUUGCCAAGGGUCUUCAUCAAAUGCUAGUUUAUAAUGAACCGAACAUUACGGAUGUGUUCUGUCAAACGUUCCAAGUAACUUAUAAAGAUGUGUUUGGUGCCACGCUUACCCAUGACCUUCGACCGAAUGGAGAUAGCAUCGUCGUUGAUCACACAAACAAGGUGGAGUUUGUGGAACUUUACGCUGACUUUCUACUUAAUCGAUCUAUCGAAAGGCAAUUUAAUGCGUUCCGACGAGGAUUUGAAAUGGUGACUAAGGACAGUCCUCUGACCAAGUGGUUCCGGCCUGAAGAAGUUGAACUUCUAGUGUGCGGUCAACAAGAUUUUGAUGUCAACGGUCUUCAGCAAAGCUGUGAAUAUGACGGUUAUCAGCCUGAUUCUGAGGUUAUUCGAUGGUUCUGGGAAGUUGUUCAUGAGAUGGCCGAUGAUGAACAAAAACUUCUGCUUCAGUUCACUACAGGAAGUGACCGAGUGCCCGUGGGUGGCCUUGCCAAGUUGCGAAUGUCUAUUAAUCGAAAUGGCCCAGAUUCCGACCGUCUACCAUCGGCCCAUACAUGCUACAACGUGCUGCUUUUGCCCGAAUAUUCCAGUAAGGAGAAAUUACGGGAACGACUACAUAAAGCUAUCACCUACUGCAAAGGAUUUGGCCUCAUGUAGGCAUUACUGACGAAACGAAAACUGCGAAAUAUAUGACCCAUUCACGCCUAAUGCAAAUGAUCAUAUCAAAGACUAUACGGAAGAUAAUGAAAACAAAGCUAUUGCUAUAUCAUGCUGUCCGCACGACGAAGUAUAUCCAAAAUGGAUCGUCAAACAAAAUACGGUGCCGCGCACCCUUCUGUUGUAACUUAGGUAGUGUUAUAAAAGAUUGUAGGCAGAUCUAUGGAUCAGAGUAAUGUCGACUCACGUAACAUAACGGCACAGGCUACGAAGAUAACGGGUGAUUCAUAGCCACUGGUGGAAAGGUUCAUAGAGAAUACGCUGUAGUAGUCAAUAUGGUGUACGAUACAGAUUACUCUAACGCAAGUUACCAUGUUAAAGGAAAAAGAAAACACGACAAGUGAAACUUUAAAGUUGUUUGCUAGUGAAUGGUGAAGAAAUCGGAUGAUUAUCUAAUCCCGACAGUAGCUGUCGAUUGAUGGGCAACACGCGACGCUUAUGUGAACCAUUUUCUACAAGCCUCAACAAAGUGGACAAAUUUUUUAUGCAUGGACAUAACUCAAUUAUCGAUUUGUUAUUUAGGUAACUCCAUGUCAUUAAAAGAUAGCACGCCUAUCAUUAACAUG